CUGCGUCGGCUGCGGCGGUGUAAUCAAAACAAAGCCACACAAACUCCUGGAAAAUCGUGUUUUUCACCCUAAAAUAGUGCACUUUUCCGCAAAAUUUGGCCUGUGACAGUGAGAUAAGUGCUUCGAGAUGGCCAGCAAUAAGACAGAUCUCUUGGCAGUGCUUCAGCUUCUGCGGAAGCACAAUUUGAAGGGAACUGAGGAUAUUCUGCGACGAGAGGCACAGCUGACGGAUGUGCCGGACACAGUUGCGGGUGAUUCGGACGUGAGUAGCGUGCUGGCGGCGUACAAGAGUGAAGGUGAUCCGGAAAUCUAUGAGACAUCUUUCAUGGACUUGCGCAACUUCGUGGCGGAGUCUCUGGACAUCUACAAGCAUGAGCUGGCGAUGAUACUGUAUCCGGUGCUGGUGCACAUGUACCUGGAGUUGGUGUACAACAAUCACGAGGAGCAGGCGAAGCGCUUGAUGGAGAAGUUCGGGCCGGAACAGGAGUACUACUAUCAGGAGGACUUGAGACGCCUGGCGAUGGUGACAAAGAGGGAUCAGAUGAGUGGGAAUGAUCUCACGGACACAUUCAAGUCCAAUGAGUUCAUCAUUCGCAUCUCCAGAGACACGCUGUCGCUGCUGAAGCGGCAUCUGCAGGAGCGCAAGCAGUCGGUGAUCAUGAAUAUCGUCAAUGAGCACCUGUACUUCGAUCUGUACGAGGGUGUGGCCAGGAAUAAGACACAGUGUGACGCCACGGCGGGUGCUCUGACCGGUGAGGCGAAGCGCCAAGACAAUAAGGUGAAAGUCUACUAUGGAUUGCUGAAGGAGCCGGACUUUCAGUCACUUACGGCGCCGCCGGAGGAGGAUGACGACAUGGAUCCGGAUGCGCCGGACAAGCCGAAGAAGAAGAAGCCCAAGAAGGAUCCACUGCUGUCGAAGAAGUCCAAGUCCGACCCGAAUGCACCGCCGGCGGACAGAAUGCCGCUGCCGGAGUUGCGUGACAUUGACAAGUUGGAGAAGAUCAAGGCUCUGCGCGAGGCGUCGAAGCGCGUGAAUUUGGGACCGGAGAGUUUGCCGUCUGUGUGCUUCUACACACUCCUCAACUCGGCGCACAGUGUCACGUGUGCGGAGAUCGCCGAGGACUCGAGUCUGCUGGCCGUGGGCUUUGCCGAGUCCAUCGUGCGCGUGUGGUCACUGACGCCGGGCAAGUUGAGGGAAAUGAAGCCGGCGGAGCAGCUGAAGGACAUCGACAGGGAUGCAGAUGAUGUGCUGGUGCGCAUGAUGGAUGACAGAACGGCGGAAACUUGUCGCACAUUCCACGGACACUCUGGACCGGUUUACAGAUGCGCGUUUUCGCUGGAUCGCUCGAUGAUGCUGUCGUGCUCGGAGGACGCCACCAUUCGUCUCUGGUCUCUGCACACGUGGACGUGCGUGGUGGUGUACAAAGGCCAUCAGUUUCCCGUGUGGGAUGUGCGCUUCUCGCCGCACGGACACUACUUCGUCACGGGUUCGCACGACAAGACGGCACGCCUGUGGGCCACGGACUCUCACCAGCCACUCAGGAUCUUCAUUGGUCACCUGGCGGACGUGGACUGUGUGCAGUUUCAUCCCAAUUCCAACUACAUCGCCACGGGAUCGAGUGAUCGCACUGUGCGACUGUGGGAUUGCGUGUCCGGAAACCAUGUGCGCCUGAUGACUGGCCACAAGGCGCCCAUCUACAGUCUGGCCUUCUCCAUCUGCGGACGCUUCCUGGCCUCCGGCGCGGCUGAUCAUCGGGUGCACCUUUGGGACUUGGCGCACGGCCACUUGAUUGCCGCCUUCACCACACACGCGGCCACAGUUCACAGUCUUGGCUUCAGCCGCGAUGGCACAAUUCUCGCGUCAGGAUCCCUCGAUUGUACACUCAAUCUCUGGGACUUCACGAAGCUGUGCGAGGACAUCAGUGGUGAGAAUGUGAAUGUUUCCCACAAUCCAGACGUGCGUGACGGUGAGCAGUAUCUCUUGAGAUCCUUUCCCACCAAAUCCUCGCCAUUCCUCACGCUUCACUUCACACGGCGGAAUCUCUUGCUGGCCGUCGGAAUGUACGACAGUGGCUAAAAGCGUGUGACAUCCAAAAAAAAAAGGAAAACUCACGAUUUAUUGAAAAAAAAGAGGGAAACAGACAGUAAACGGAGCUGCUUAGCUCACGAUGAAGA